CUAUGGUGACGGUGGUCAGCUCGAGAGUUGUGCACCGUCGGCAGGAAGCACACAUAUACGCUGUGAUUCGAGGUGGUGAUUUUCUUUUGCCUCACUUUCAUCAUCGCUUUUCACGAGUCGACAAGAUCUGGCAAAUUUCGCGAAUUUGUUCAAUCUUUCCCCAACAAUUCCGACCGAGCGACAACUUCUCCGAAGCAACAAUGAGCGAGACGCGGAACAUCGUCGUUCUCGGCGUUGCCUGGGCAGGAUUAGGAACGGCACACCACAUCUGCAAACACCUUCUACCAAAACUGAAAAGCUCUGGAAGUGGCAAAUAUGUCCUCCAUCUCGUUGACCCUUCAACACAUUUCUGGUGGCACGUUGCAGCUCCUCGACAAAUUUGUUCCGCCGAAGGAAAUGUGAGCUUCGAGAAAAGCUUUGUACCGAUCAAAGAUGGAUUCAAGCAAUAUACCAAUCUUCAAGACUCGCUUGUCUUUCACCAGGCUUCUGCCUCUGCAUUGGAUACACAGAGUCGUAAGGUGACUCUGACAAAGCCGGAUGGAAGUACUGAGAGUUUGGAAUACUGGGCUCUCAUCAUUUCGACAGGUGUCAGGACUCCGACACCACUCACUGGCUUUCAGGGUGAUCACACUGUCUCCCAAAACGCACUUCGCGAAGCAAACACAAAACUCAAGUCGGCGCAAGUGAUCGUCGUCUCUGGCGGUGGACCAGUAGGCGUGGAGACUGCAGGCGAACUGGGCGCUCACUUCGGCGGCAAAGCGAAGAUUGUCCUCGUCACUGCCGGGAAAAAACUGUUGCCGGUGUUCAACGAAAGCCGCGCGAAGAAGGCCGAGUCACUGCUGAAGAAGCUUGGUGUGGAGGUUCGCUAUAACACCAAGGUCAAUGGGCAAAAUGAUCUCGGAAACGGCAAGACAGAAGUGCUGCUCAGCAGUGGUGAACCGAUCCAGGCUGAUGUGUACAUUCCGGCUUUUGGUGUUCAACCUAAUACCGAAUGGCUUCCCAACGACCUGAAGGAUAAUAAAGGAUUCGUGAGCACGAAUGAGAAGACUCUGAGAGUCGACAAGGCUGGUGCAAGGGUUUACGCUGCUGGUGAUGUGUCCGGCGUCGACAGUGGCGGAGUGAUGAACAUGUACAGUUCUCUUCCCGUGCUCCAUGCCAACAUCGACCACGACCUACUCUCUGAGGCCAAGGCAGGCAAUGUUGCGGAGAAGACGUACAACUUUGUGCCAAAGGAGACACAAUUCGUUCCUGUCGGGCCAAAGACUGGUGUUGCAGCAUUCAACGGGUGGUCGGUCCCAGGUUUCGUCGUGAGUUUUGCGAAAGGACGAGACUACAUGGUCAGCAGGAUGGACGGUUUCACGGAAGGGAAGAAGUGGUAAUGUUCUGGUGUUUCAGCGUAGAUAGAUCGUGUUUUUGAUACCCAGACUGCUUUCAAGCCAGAUAGAACCCGCGUUAAUGACUUGCUCGGAGCAACACUGCGAUACAUGCUGUCCUGGUUC